AUGGACUUCAGUGUCCCUCCUGAGGGCGUCAACUACCCGCGCCAACAAUGCACCGAGUGCAUGUUCGUUCCCGACCUUCUCGCUAGAUGUGUCGGCACUCUCAAGCUGCUCUUUGGCAAACUUGGGGCCAUUGAGCAGGUGUCCUCCACACCCAAAGAAAGCGAUCCACACCAGGAGCACAUCGGUGACGUGGAGAGGUCGAGGACUGUCCAGCAACUUGCGGGCGAUUGUUCCCUCUGGACGGCAGAAGUUGGCGUGCCAACGUCUGGCCGAGCUGACACGGCGGGAAUUCAGAUUCGUCAACGUAAGGUCAUCGAUUAUGGCACUGCGGACCCAUCGUCUUCGAACCGGCAAGGGGCGUUUUCGAGUGUCGUCUUUAGAGAUUUGAUCAGCAAGCCAUUUUUGCAUGCGAUGUUGACAGCCAGCCCGGCUGCUGCACGCAGAGUGGGAGGAAGUGUGUCUUCCUUGACACAAAAAACCUCCGAAGCAGAUUUGACCACUGGAAGCAAAUGA